AUGUCUGCUGUAACGCCACAACCACCUGACUUGGCAGUGGCGUCUUCAGAAAGCCAACGAAGGUGCAGUUCUCUUCCUCAAGCUGUCAAUGACGCGAGACCGACCGAAGCACAACAGCAACCGAACUGGGUUGAGGGGAGCAGGGCCCAACCUUUGAGUAAUCCCACCAUGAGGUGGUUACUAGAGGACAAUCCCAGCAGCAGGCAGCCUCCAAUUGACGACUGCGUGCGGAUGGGGACGCUGUUCGGGAUGUUCAACAAGUGUCUGCGAGGGAUGGGUUUCAGCCAAAUGUACUUUGGGGACAAGAUAGUCGAACCUGUUGUGAUUGUCUUCUUCUGGCUUUUGCUGUGGUUCCUUGGCAUUCAGGCCCUGGGACUGGUGGGAACGCUUUGCAUCAUUAUCAUUUACAUCCAGGACUAA